AUGAGCGCUACAUCGCUGCCGCCCAAUGCCCCCAUGGCCAAUGGAACCCUCGCCGCGGUCAAUGGAGAAGCUGAUGUAUCCUCCUCGUCCGCCUCGGCCCACUCGUUGCAGGACGUCUGUGCUCUCGUCCAUGCGCAGGUCUCGGCGUUUCUUUCUGCGGCCCCGGAAGACGACGUGACCAGGAGAACUCAAGAGCAGGCGAGGAUAUCCAUGGGGGUGAUAGAAAAGGCGUUGAAUGACUAUGAGUUCGAGACUCUGUCCCUCUCGUAUAACGGUGGGAAGGACUGCCUCGUCCUCCUGAUCUUAUACCUCGCCGUGAUCCAUACACAUUUCACGCACCCCAGAAACAGGCGGAAAGAGUUUCCCAAAUCCAUUCCCUCCAUCUACGCCAAACCACCCGAUCCCUUUCCGGCCGUUUCAGAUUUUGUCGACUAUUCGGCGCGCCUCUACCACCUCGACCUGACCCAUAUAUCCACGAAUCCUGGUCCAGGAAAGAAGCGGAGGUCACAUUCCAAUCCCCCCCUCUCAUCUACCUUGGAAGGACUCGGACCAGACAGUCUCACUCCCAUUCAGAAGACCAAAACCGCCUCCAACUCGUUACAGAACUCGUCAGACAAACCCAUCAUCUCCUUCCGCGACGCCUUUGCCCUCUACCUCUCUUCCAACCCGCACAUCAAAGCCAUCUUCGUCGGUACCCGUCGCACCGACCCGCACGGUUCGCACUUGACACACUUUGACCCCACCGACCACAACUGGCCGCCGUUCAUGCGCAUCCAUCCUGUGAUUGACUGGCAUCUCUCGGAGAUCUGGUGCUUUUUGCGCUCCCCGCACCUGAAAGACAUUGGUCGUAUGUUGGACAGCCGCGCGAGCAACGGUCGAGCACCGGGGGCCGAGGAGGGCGCCGCCCCGCCAUUGAGAUACUGUGAGAUGUAUGACGCGGGCUACACCAGUCUCGGGGGCGUCAACGACACGGUGAAGAACCCGAAGCUGCGGUACACGGACGAGCACGGGGAGGAAUGUUACAAGCCAGCCUACGAAAUGACGGCAGAUGACGGCGAGAGGUUGGGGAGGGAGUGA